UUUGAAUUUGGAAAUUAAAUAGAGGAGCUACAGUGUGCAAAAAAGGUGAAUUUCAAUCACAGUUUCCUAUUUAAGAAAACGAGUUUCCAAACAAACCGAGCCCUCACUCAUUUAUGCAUGUCCCUACCUAGGCCGAGGUCAGGUCCGUGCAUGAUGUGUUUUUCAGAGCAACAUGUUACAGCAUGUUUGCGGACCAUUGAAGUUGUGCAUGGAGAAAAUAAGAGCACAUUUCUAAUGUCCACGAGAGUAUAGUCUCGAGGUGGUUUAUUUCACCUCCAUGACCAUUUACAGUGAAAAUCAAUGAAACUUGAUACUUGGCGGUGAAAUUAGGGACCUGUUGACUAUACAGUCAUUGACGUUAGAGUGCUCUGCUGUCAUGGUUGUAAUUUUUCCUUCGACGUCUAGAUGGCGGUUCUCUCUACAAGAGGACUUUCAUUUGUCUGCAGAUAUCUGGAUCAUGGAGGUCCGUGAUUACAUCAUGAAAUUCCCUCCUCGCUGGAGGGGAGUCUUUGCCCCUCUCUCGAAAAACCAUCAACCCAUCGCAGGAGCGGAUUCCUGGCUUCUGGAGAGCCGUGAGGGCACUCUCGCCUGCCACAGCUACAACAGAUCCAGCAGUCACAGUGACCCUGUAGACUGGAAAGGAUUUGUGGACAGUCUGUGUGAGAAGGAGCCGACCGAGGUUGAAGGUCAACUUGUUUUCUUGCCAAGAAUUCUACUGUUCCCCGUUAACAUCCAGAGAAACACGAUUGCAUUUCUGUCUCAACGCUCAUCAGAGAUUCCCAUGCCUUGCCUAGAGAAACUCCUAGAUUCGUUAAGGAAUUGUGCCAUACCCGAUGAGUGGACGAAACACCACCUAAGAACAAUGCAAGAUUUUGUUUGCCGGAAACAGUGCCAAAGUGCCGGGCCAGCCGGCAACUGCCUAUCCAGAUUAACCCGGUCAUCUAGGGGCAUCUUUGAAAGUGUCUGCCGGCAAGUUGGGGACACGGACAGGAGUCGGGAGGAGGGCGGGGGAUUCAUGCUGCAAUUUGAUUGGCCGCCUGAAGCCUCGUCAUCAAAUCAAAUCCCCUGCCAGCACAGCAGGUGCUUUGUAGCGGAGACAGAAAGUCUAGAUACCCUAAAGAGAGCAUUCGUCCACCCUGAAAGCAUUGCACUCUCCAGCAAAGAGGGCGAAUCGAAGACAGAAUGGAAAAUCUCUACUGCAGUGCACUCCGACAGCCCUGAAAUCAUAGAGAUUGAGGACUCACCGCCGUCAUCCCCAAUGGAGGUAGAAAUAGUUUCCGUACAAAACGUGCCAGAGAAGUCUUCAGAAAAGUCACCGGGAGCACAUGAGACCAUUGAUGCGGUUACCAUGGACAAGUUGACUUCCCUCAAGGCUGUGCUUGCAAAUUAUACAUCGGGAAAAUCGAUCUCCCCAGAGUCCGUGAAAGUCCUCAUUGAGUGUCCAAUGGAUCAGAUGGAAGCAGCGUGUGACAUUCUAGAUUUAGACUCUGCACCAGCCGCAGGUCUGGCUGCCUUGGCCCAGCAGCUGGCGGGCUUCUCCUUGGAGCUGAGUCAUUCCAGUGCCGCCAUUCUGGCAAGGAAAUGUUUUGGCCAGCAGAUUCAGGAUUUGACCCAGACUGCCCCUCGAUCUCUUCUCACCGCCGUCGUCAGCCUCGCAAAAGCUUUCCCCAAGCCAACCAUAGAGGGAGUCCUACUGCCUGCUUUGGCUAGGGAGGGUCCAUUGGGCACGGCCGGUCCCCACCAAUGCGACCUGGUUGUUAAGGUACUAAAGGAGGCACUGACCAAUGAGAGUCAAGUCUAUCUUCUGAGUAAGCUUCUCUCUGUUCAGACGUUGCACUGGUCAGACGAGAUGACAGGACUUUUCCAGGCUGCCUUGGCUUGCAAGUUGGAGCUCGACAACCACACGCUCGAGACGUUCGUCGCCGCGCUGGAGCAUCAUGGGCAUUGGCAACGCUCCUGCGCCAAGUUUGCCAAACUCCUGCUGGCCGUCGUCAAUCGGUUCUCCAAGCAGAUAUCUGGAGCAAGUCUUGCUGCCCUCCAGAGGCUAGCGGAUGCCAACCAGACGUUCCUGAAGAAAGCCCUACUGACCGCCAUCAAGCGGGUCAAAGGGUAGAGUUGGUGUAAGUUGACCCCAUGCUUCAAAUCCCAGACAUCUCUGAACUCAAGUUGGCAUUUUGCCAUUGAUCACGUUAACAGUUGAAUAUCGUUGGCCAUGAGGGUCCGUUUCAUACUCUUGCUUUUGGAAGCUUUUUUGGAAGAUCAAAUCUGUGGCCCAAUGCAUGAACCUGAUGUGCCACAUUUUCAAACUUUUUGAGUUUAUGCAUGAAUGUGUAGGCUAACAUCAUAUCUUUAUUUGAUAAAAAUCUCAAAAGCUGGGAUGGCCUAUUUUUUUAAUUAUAGAGGGCAGUAUUAUUCUGACCAAACAGAAAAUUCCAAGAAGCAAACACUGUAACUAGAUUUCUCUCAGUUUCAUGUCUGUGUGGCAUAUCAGGUUCAUGCAUGGGGCCACAGAAAUAUCCUGGCUUUAGUCACAUAGGUGAAAGUUCAAAGGUUAAACAGGGUAUCUUCCCAACGUUGCAUACAGAGACAACUUUACCCAUACUUGUGUUUAAUAACUUCCAAACUUUACACACUCGGCUUUAAUUUAACCAAUGUUGGCAUCUUAUUUUUUGCAAAAUGUCAGUCUUGUCGGUCUUCUUCGCAAUCGUCUUGGACGAGGAAGGAAAAUGCAUUGAUUUUGUCGCAUGAGAUACACCAGCUCUGGUUUUGUUAUUGAAAUCGUUUUGAACCGAAGUGAAACUGUCUAAAGUGUUUGUGUUCAACCGAGUCGACAUCAUCUUAACUCAUUUCUUACUCACAUGUCAAUCUGCUGUUUGCUGCAGUGUAUAGAUAUUAUUGAUCCUGAUGCAAUAGAGACAUUUGGAUUUACCAAGUGAUGCAGUUAGUUUUCUGGUUCCUGAACUUGCACCCUCCACUUAUAGUCUGGUGUUCAUCAGGACCUAACCUUGGAUUUUCUAAGUACGAAUCUCACCUUUAAAUAGGACAUCCAAACAGUCUCUAAGUGGGGGGACCCAAGUGGCUCAACAGGUUAACCUGCCGAGCUUGAGACGGAAAGUGACAACCUCCCAAAGCAGGAUCAAACCCCGGCAGGGUAAAGAAGCAAGAUGAGAAGAACCUUUUGCAUGUUUUUGUCAAAGUACAUGAACAGUAAAAUAUAAAACUCCUAACAGCCCUCCCCAGGAUUUGAACCCAGGACCUUCCAUUCCAAAGUCCAAAGCCUUACCAACAAGGCCACUUGCUAUUCUUAGUUGACUGAGGUUUAUAGUUUAAUUUAUACCUUACACUUGCACAAAAAAAAAGAGUAGAGCUCUUGUUGCUUGCGUUGAGCAACUAGUAAAAACGCUCUAAAUACUUUCGGUUCACAGAAUUCCAAUGGAAAGACUACUGAAAAGGGAAGACUUUUUUGUAAACUCUACAACUCCAGCUGACAGUUUUCAUCAACGGGAAGCUUUUAUUAUUCAAUAUCAAAUAUUGAACAAUGAAUUGGUUACAAUACAGACUGAUUAGCCAAUUAAAGUGGCAGAGAAAGAAA